CAUUCUCAGACAAUCUCUCUGUUUUCAUGAUCGGUUUGGAACUAGUUGAAGCGCGUGGAGAAAAGGAAACAGGUGGUCUCUUUUCCCAAAGGAUUUUGAUCACAUUCGUCUCUUUGCCGCUACUAGUUCCAGAUGAUCCUUUUCAAUUUCCUUUUCUCAUGUUUUGUUUGACCUUUCUUUUACGUUCCGUAGCCAGGACAAGGAUCUCAUUCAGAGCAGCGAAGCGUGAUCGUUACCCCAUCGUCGAAAGACGCAUACAGCUGCAGCAAUGCGUAUUGGAAUCCAGAUGAUCUAAGUCCCGGU